AUGUCUUCCAAUGUAACAGACCAGUUCCACUCUAUGGAUCUAAAUACGUCGGGAGCUUCUACUACAACUAGUGCGAAGAAACGGCCAAAAAGAGCAUUCCACACUGAUUUCAACCAGCCAACCUCGGUUGAACAAUUUCAGCAGCAACAGCAGCUGUUGUCGCCAUUUUAUGGCCAAACUUUGCCAUUUCCCCCAUCAACGCAUGCCUCUCCUGCAGUGCACCAAGAACCACCACAUUUGCAAGACGCUACCCAGGAGGAAACUGUCCCUUCCAUCCAGGCAACAAGGUAUGCGAACCAACAAGAAUAUGACACGCCAGAUGCCGAAGGCAGCUAUAAGUCGUUUUUGACCUUUUCAAACACUGUGCCUCCGGAAGCCGGCACUCAGUUUCAUGUCACCGACCAAGGCACCGCUUCGUCAAAGUUUAUCCGGUCAACCAUGUACUAUGUUCCCGAAUCUGAAAAGUUGAGACUGGCGACAAAAUUGCCCCUUGCCGUCACAAUACGCCCAUUCGCACCACAGUUGUCAAGCGAAGAGCCUGUUCAGUUGGUGGAAUUCCAACAAACAGUGGCGACCGAUGACGAUCCAUUGAGCAUUGGACCCGUCAGGUGCCAUAGAUGCAGAGCAUACAUCAACCCUUCAAUGCAGUUUACCCACAACCAAAAGUUUAUUUGUAAUAUAUGCCAGUUUGCCAAUAAUUUGGUGCCUCAAGAAUACGCCGUGCCAUUGGACUCUAGAGGCUAUAGAGUUGACAAGUUUAUCCGUCCCGAGUUGCACAAUAGUUGUUAUGACAUUACCGUGCCUCAGGAGUACAACUUUAAUGCAAAGAAAAAAUCGGAACCAUUGCAUAUAGUGUUUCUCAUUGAUCUUUCCGAGAAUAGCAUAAAGCAGAAUUUGCCUGGUUUGAUAUCGGAUUCAAUAAGAAGUACCUUGUUUCAAUACAACUCCAAUGAAAAUGGCAAUGACAACGAAAAUGAAGAUGAAAAUGAAGAUGAAAAUGAGAAUGAAAACGAAAACGAACAAAAGCAGAAAAAAGAACCCAUACCGUAUAAAAUCAGCAUCAUGGCAUUUGAUAAAAGAAUCUAUUUUUUCAAUCUUUCUUCAAAACUAGAAAAAACUCAAAUUUCCAUAUCGUCAGAUUUGGAUGAUCCUUUUGUUCCAUUUGACGAAGGACUCUUUGCCUCGCCAACCGAAAGCCAAUUUGUCAUUGAAGAUGCUCUCAACACUAUUGAACAAUGGGCAUCAACAUCAAAGACAUUUGAAAUCGAGCCAUGCUUUGCAUCUGCUUGCAAAACCGCGGGUUUAUGUCUAGAAAUGCAUGGAGGCGGUAAGAUUGUUUCUGUUUUAUCAAACUUGCCUUCCUGGGGUCCCGGAGGUUUAAAAUACAAGGACAACAAGGCUGUUGGAAGAACACCAUCGCCUGAAGUUGAAAAAAAGAUAUUUCACCCUGACAAUGCCUACUGGAAAUCAAUGACCAAGGACUUUAUCAAAAACAGCGUUGGGAUGGACUUGUUUGUUGUGGCGCACUCCUCGGUUGACCUUUCCAAUAUCGGAUAUUUGGUAUCUUCAACCGGAGGAGAGAUUUCAAGAUGGACUAAUUUCAACUUGGAGAGGGAUGCAAGACUAUUUACCGCGAAAUUUAAAAGCUCCGUCUUGAGCACCACUGGGUAUCAGGGGCAACUUAAAUUGCGUUGUUCAAAUGGCUUGCAAGUCGCGCAAUAUUAUGGUACAUCUUCAUCACUGUCCGAAGCAACAUUAGCAGGGUCUGUGCAAGAUCCCAUCAUCCCCAUUUUAUCCCAAAAUCAAUCAUUUACGCUUCUUCUUAAAUACGAUGGGUUAUUGAGUAAAAAAUUGGAUUGCCAUUUCCAAGCUGCGUUGCUUUACACUGACCCCCGUGGGGUCAGAAAAGUAAGAAUAAUCAAUUUGGUGCUUGCAGUUGCAACUAAACUUGAUGAUGUCUUUUAUUUCACGGAUGAAAACGCAAUCAUAACCACCCUCGUUAGAGACACUUUAUCCUUUAUUGGGAACCAGACUUUAAAUGAACUUCGAGAAUCACUAAACACCAAAUUAGUUGAGAUUUUCACUCACUACCGAGCCAUGAAUGAAUACGGGUACGGCCGUGCUAGAACUUUUUCCAACAAGCUCCUUUUCCCCGAUGCAUUAAAGAAUCUACCCUUGCAUAUACUAAGCUUUCUCAAAACAAACGCAAUCAAGUCGGCAACUGGUAGCAGCGCGGAUACAAGAUUAGCCGAGGCAUACAAUAUGUUGACUAUGCCCAUUGAGAGACUCAUGUAUUAUUUAUACCCCGCACUAGUUGAGUUGCAUUCGCUAGACGACGAAGACGGCACCAUUGAUGACACCACCGAGUUCACAAUCAUGCCGCGAUAUAAGGAAUUGACAGCGAAAAACCUCGAUCGGGGAGUUUAUAUCCUUUGCGAUGGCCAGCGAACUUGGGUUUGGGUCGACCCUGAUUCCAAUAUUAUGUUGAUCAAGGAUUUGUUUGGCGAACAGUAUGAAUCAGUAGAUCAAUUGGACGCCUUGAUGGAUGAGUUGCCCGAUCUGCUUCCAUCUGACAUAUCCCAGCAAGCACGCAAUAUUGUUUAUUUCUUCAACAAAAACAUUGUCGGUGUCGAUUCAUCGAGUGUGCACAUUGUUCGCAAAGGCGUCGAUGGUGCUGAACAUCACUUUAGAGAGCUCUUGAGGGACGAUAGUCUUGGUGGAGCCAUCAAGGCUGCCAAUGGACCGAGCUUCAGCGAAUACCUCACCAGUUUGCACCAGGCAAUCAAGGUCAAUUUGGAAAGCGACAAGGCAGCUCAAAACAUUAAACAAUCAAUUUCCAACGUCAACCAUGACACGGAAACUUUAGCACAAAGAUUUAUAA